UAGUGGGCACGUCCCUGCCAGCCCUCGCACUUCCUGUCUGCUCCUCACCUUCUCCUUCUGACAGGUGGUAAACAAAGCCGCCCUGGCGCCCGAGCUGCGGCCGCGGCGGCGGCGGCGAGCGGCGGGGGCGGCGGCGCUGGAGGGCAGCGGCCCAGCGACCCCAGUUGGGCUCGAGGAGCCGCACCCACACCCACACCUGCGCCGCGGGGCGGCGCACCAGACCCCGGGACUCCCAGGAGUCUCCGGGGAGAUGUGCUGGAGGGUUCUGCCCAGGGCGGUGGCGGUCCCCAGCCCGAGGGCCCCCGCGCCAGACAGUUCCUGGCGCGGCUGGAAGCUCGCCCCCUGGCGGCCCGAGCUGCGGCCGACGUGGCGGCGCUGGUACGCAGGACCGGCGCCACCGUGCGCCUGCGCCCCAAGGAGGCCCUUAGAAUACCAGAAGGACAAUGACAUCAUGGAUUUGUCCCAAGAUGCCCUUGCCUCCUAGGAAGAGUUCCUGGCAUGUCAAGUACAGUUGGUUUUAAAAGUCUUGCGUUGCACUUCCCUGGUCGUGCAGUGGCUAACGUUCAAGGCUCCCAAUGUAGGGGGCCAGGUUCAAUUACCUUGGGGAAUUGGAUCCUAAGUAACUAAGACCUUGCACAGCCAAAUAAAUAAGUAUUUUUUAAAAAAACUUGUGUAAUUUUGGGAAGGUUGAAUUAUCCAUCUUGCCAAUAUUUCCUUCAUGAAUCUUGGGUUAUUGGAUUGUGAGAGAGGGUGGAAGAGAAAGAUGGGAGCUGCAGGAGAGCACUGAACAGGGCCAUGCUGAGAAUCCAGCACAAGCUUUGAGUCAAUAUUGGAUGUCUCUCCAUUUAUUUAGGUCUUCUUUAAUUUCUUUCAACAAUGCUUUGCAUGUCCUAGAGUACAAUUUUUAUGCUUCUUUUGUUAAAUUUGUUCCAAAGU